AUGCGUUUCUCCACCGGUACCGUUUUCUCCACCCUCGUCGCCCUCGCUGCGGCCUACACCCAGCCCGACUACACCAAGGGCCCCGAGGGUAACGCCGUCCGCGCUCCCGGUCUGAACGACCAGGUCCCUGAGGGCGCUCCCUACGAGAUCAAGUGGGACACUCUCCUCGGUGACCGUGUCUCGCUGGUCCUUCUCCGUGGCCCCUCCUCCAACGUUGUUCCCCUCGAGACCAUCGUUGAGGAUAUCCCCAACACUGGCCACUACACCUGGACUCCCGGCUACAACCUGGAGGUUGACACCACCCACUACGGUCUGCUGAUCGUCGUUGAGGGCACCGGUGCCUACCAGUGGUCUUCCCAGUUCGGUAUCUCCAAGGGUAAGGGCUCCGGCUCUACCACCACCACCACCACCGCCGCUGGCUCUGGCUCCGGCUCCGGCCCCACCGUCACUGUCAUCGAGGAUGUGACCACCACCUACUGCCCCGAGAGCGAGACCGCUGCUCCUACCUCCACUCCCCUCACCAUCACCACCGUCAUUGAGGGUGUCACCACCACUAUCUGCCCCGAGGAGGAGGCUUCUUCCACCCCUACUGGUGUCUCCCCCGUCUCUUACUCCACCCAGAUCUCCAGCGUUGUUGUCACCACCACUGAGUGCCCCGAGGAGAGCCAGACCCAGCCCCCCGUCGCUCCCACCACUCCCGCCCCCGUUACCCCCAGCGGUAGCCGUGUGCCCCACGUCCCCUCCGCCUCCAGCACCCUGAAGAGCACCCCCCUGGCUGUUGUCCCUACCGGCACUGCUUCCCCCUCUGCCUCCGCCACCCCCGCCUUCAACGGUGCUGGUCGCACCUCCAUCAGCCUGGGUGCCGUCAUGGCUGGUCUCUUCGCCGUUCUGGCCUUCUAA